CUUUAGACUUCAACGUUUUGAGUUGUGAAAUUGUUAAUCGCAGCGAUUCAAGAUUGUCAUUCACUGUAGUCUCAUCUACAUAAAUCUCAUAUCCGGUGAUUUCAUACCAGCAACAACCUGUUUGGUGAAGAUGCCAGUGAAAAGACCUCUCGAAUCAGACAGUGCAGCCACUCCAGCGGCGAAAAAACUUCGUAAAGGUUUUCGCGUUGGACCACAAAAUCUUCCCGACGGACCAUGGAAGAGAAAAGUGGAUAAGAUAAAGAAAAACCUCAUUCAUAAGGCGAAGGUCAAGAAGGCAUACAAGAAGAUAAAGGCUGCGGAACAGGCAUCUUCUAAACUCGACCCUGUUACUUCUGCGGGUACCGAAGAUGGACAUGGAGAUGCAGAGCCUCCUUCACCUCAGCUUCACCCUGAGAGGCAGGCAAUGCUAGAUAACGAUGAAGAGGAACAACCAGAACCCCCCUCGCAGCCUCAAUCAGGGGAUCGCCCGCGCCGGCGUAAACAGCACCCGCGCAAGCCCGGCUACUUUGACAAAGCCUCGGCCGAUGCAGAGCGCAAGAAGGCUGAGGCAGAAGCUCGUGCUCAAGAGAUCGAGAGGCGCAAUGAAGAGCGAAAUCGCAAGAUCACCGAGCGUGAGAAGUUUAGAAAAGCCAUGGCGAAGGCGCGGAAACCUGGCCGAGAUGGCCAGCGCAGGUUAGGCAGGGAGAGUGGACUAUUGCUCGAGAAGGUUAAGAAAAUUGUCGGUGAGACGAAGUGAAGGCAAUUUCAUUCCCAAUCGGAAGGCAGAACGAUGGCUUAUCGACUAGCUAGGAUACGAUGAUAU